AUGUCUUCUAAUUUUUCAGUCGAAUCGCUUAUCGGCAACGCUUCCAAAGACGCGCAUUCGCAGUACGUCCCUCACUUACCUCACGGUCAAUCCAAGACCUUGCUGCCUUAUCCGCCGAAUUACCUUAGCUAUUUCUACUCGCUGAGCUUUCAGCAACAACGCAUGAUGCAGAUGUACGGGAUUCAUCAUCGUCCUCAUGAAGGUCCGAUUCGACCGGUGGCGGCGCAUCCAAGAUUGGUACCCCAAGUAUCCCCGAAGUCUUCGACGCCUUCGCCGAAGUGCGAGACCAGGGAUUCGACGCCAAGUCCUCCGUUAACUCCGGAAAAGAACCCGGAUGCGUACCUAUCGAAAGACAACUCCAGUAAGAGGAUCCGUACGGCCUUCACGUCCACUCAGCUGCUGGAAUUGGAAAGAGAGUUCGCGACCAACAUGUACUUGACACGCUUGAGGCGUAUACAGAUCGCCACGUGUUUGAAUUUGUCGGAGAAGCAAGUGAAAAUUUGGUUCCAAAAUAGGCGGGUGAAGUACAAGAAAGACCUGCCCAAUCCUCAGCGCGGCAACUAUUUAAGAACUGCGGCACAUCGGAAGUCGAGAUUUUCAAUGUCCGAGGAUGACGUGGACGUCACCAAUUUGGAUUCCGACAUGGACGUUGCCGGACUGGAUAAUGUGCAUCUGGAAUGA